UGCGUGGUACGCGCGCGUUGGAAGGUGAAGUUUCCUUCUCUUUCUGACACGCAGUAAGAGACGAGACUCCGAACGGACCGCACGCGUUUCCACGAUUUUCCGUCAGUCGUCGGACGAACAUUGGCGCGGACACACUUCGCUCGUUCCUUUUUUCCAUCUACCUUGUGCCCGCUCUGUAAACCACUUUCUAUUCAUUCCCUCACGGAUCCCCUCCGAAGGACAAGAAGAAGAAGAAAAGUUUUAUCGUUCUUUCGAAUUCGUUUGCCCGUCUCCCUCCCGCGCGCGCGCGCACGUACAUAAUAUUUCUCUUUCUCGGUAAGACGACAGACUUUUCUUCGACUCUCUGUCGUACGACUCGGUGCGCGCAACCGGAGAAAGAGAGACAAGCGCAAGAAGAGAGCGAACACGGAACAUGAAAACACUUAUGGAGAAUCAGCUGUCCUGGCUCGCGCUGUUCAUGACCGCCUUGUAUUCCUUGCUCGCUAGCUGCCGAGGUGAAGAGUGCGGACACGAGGAGCUGGUGAGGUGCGCCCGGCCCCUCGAGAGAAUCAACAGCAACGACCUGAGUCUCGUCACGAAAAAGGAAGAUCUCAACAAACUAUGCCCAGAUCUCGAGGCGGGUAUGAAAUGCGUCCAGAGGUACACGCUGAAUUGCAUGGGCGAGAAGCAGAGGGAGCACUUCAAGUCGCUAUACGCCGGCACCAACGUGGCCAUCAUGGAGCUUUGCCAAGAAGGCCCGUACCAGGACGAAUUUCUGGAGCACUCGCCCUGCAUGCAAAAGGCCAAGGCCGAGUACGAGAUGUGUUACAAAAUACAUCAGAGAACUACGCAAGAAAUAGAGAGAGCAGUCAACAGCACGGCAGAAGGACAGCAACAAAACACCAUCAGGUCGUUUUGCUGCGCCUUCAAGGAGUACUUGGAAUGCUCUCAUCAUACGGUGCGCCGUCAGUGUGGCGAUGAUACGGCGCGAUUCACAAAAGAGUUCCUCGACAGAAUGUCAUCCUCGCUGAUGAAAGAGCAUUGCGCGUCCUUCACGCACGAGGAGUGCGCCGGGCACAGCGGUAGCUCGAUGCAAAAUCUUUCCGCCAUUAUGCCAAUGACGCUUAUUCUCCUUAUGAGAUACUUCACGUAAUUGGCUCCGGUCAGGAUCACUUUUUACCUUCCGGAAGAUAGAGGGAAGAAGAAGCGAGAGAGAGGGAAAAAGAAGGAUUGCGGAGAAGAGAAGAGGAAAGAAAGGUGGAAUCGCGAGGGAGAAAAAUGGGCGGGAGAGAAGAACACAGAGAGGAGAGUCUCUAAGACGGGGAGAGAAAGAGGAGGAGGAGGGAACGGUUUUAUCGUUUUCUUUGCUUCAGAGAGAGAAUAUAUUCCUUAUGUUCGAGGCGCUCUGAGAAGAAAGACCGAAAAAGAAACAAAGAUUGAGAGAAGGAAACAAACGGGGGAAAAAAAAAAAAAAAAAAAAAAGAAGAAAACACGCUAGAAGAAGAGCAACGUGUACACGAGAUGAUGAAAUAGAAGCGCUAUUUUUUUCUUUUUGUUUCUUUUUUUUUUUUUUCGUCAAAGAGAAUAUGUCAUUUGCGAGAUGGCGCGAGAGAUCGGUGAUAAUUGUGAUUACGAAAGCGGAGCACAACAACGAGAAAGAUCGAGUGAAGAAUUGAAGAGAAGGGGAGAGAGAGAGAAGGGAAAUAACAUUUCUCAGAAACAUCUACGAUACGACGAUGAAGCGUCGAAGAAGAGGCGGAAGAGGAGGAUCGCGAAGCAAGAGAUUCAUCAAGAUCACGGUUGUCAUUUUGUACACGUCGUCGUAGUCGUGAGAAUAUCGCGAGCACGUAGAAUUGUGGAGAUUCCAUCGAAUCGAUCGCGCGAUCCGCUCCGCAUUGCCACGCAACAAGACUGACUCGAUUUUUGCGCGAUGUCGCGGAGAAGUAAGAAUAAAAUAAAAAUACUCCUUAUUAACCGGCCGGAGAUCCUCUCUCUCUCUCUCUCUCUCUCGCAAAAGCCAACUUUGAAGACGCUUUCUUAAGACCUUGUGCCGUCGUCCCGUAACUAUUCCGACGAGUGCGCGAGGAAGUAGGAGAUCCUAGACGCUCGUGAACACGAACGAGGUUGUUGGACCAUCAGCGAAAAAGGCGGCGGCGGCGGCGGCGAAGGUGAGAGAUUUAUAGCGGGGCGAGAGAGCGAGGGAAGAAUAAAAAGAAGAAGAAGAAGAAGAAGACGAAGAAGAAGGCAAAACGUGUCUUUCUGGCACGUUUCCGCCUCGAUUUCGGAAAAGGGCGCUCGUGCGGAACGAACGAACUAUCGCCGCUCUGAAAUCAAUUUCGUCGAAUAAUCGCGAUCUAUCGAUUCGCGAGAACACCGAGAGAAAGAGAGAGAUAGAGAUAGAGAUAGAAAAAGAUUCUAAGCGGAGCGAGGAAAAUUUCCCGGAUAAAAUCACUGAAUAUCGUUCUUUUGAGUGAAAACGAGUGUGUUUCGUUUGGUAGAAAAAUGCGAGAAUCCCCCCGAUCGCCCGACGAUUCCGAUGGAAUGCGCGCUCAGGUCUGUGUGUGGUCCGGUGAAAGUUGAAGACAUUCAAAUCGAAACGCGAUUUUUAUUAUCGCGACUCGACGGAUGGAAAUUUUUCGUCGAGACGAAAACCUCUAGGAGAGAGAGAUCUCUAACGUGUAACUCGCGUCCUUGCGGCAACGAGAAUCGAUAGGUAAUUGAGCUUCGAGCUAAUAAUGUUAUAUAAUGUCAAACUCUAAUUUUCUCUCCGUGGGUUGUUGUAACGAGAGAAAGAGAGAGCACUUUCGCGCCGUGUCCGGAGACACGUUAGUUUUCAAUAUAUGCGAAAUGAGCGAGCGAAAUCGGAAAGUUUGAACGACGUUUUUUUUUUUUUUUUUUU